UUUAUGCUCAGACUCCAGUAAAACUGCAGAUCCGGAGCCAAUGAGACGACACGGUGACCACGAAGAUGCUGCUGUCCCGUUAGACAGCAACUGUAAAUCAAAGCUGACCAGGACCCACAUGGGGAAGAAGGUGUUUUCUUGCAGCACUUGCAGGAAAGAGUUCAGUAAAAGUAGUAUUUUAAUGGAUCACAUGAAGAUCCACACUGGCGAAAGGCCGUACUUGUGCAACACCUGCGGAAAAUCGUUUAGAAAAUUAUCAACAAUCGAAAAGCAUAAAAUGAUCCACAUGGGCGAGAAGCUCUAUGUCUGCAAAACAUGUGGAAAAAGUUACAGGCAAAAUUCCAGCCUGGUGAUUCACUCGAGGACCCACACCGGCGAAAGGCCAUACCUGUGCAACACCUGCGGCAAAACUUUUACUUCAUUAUCACAUCUUAAACGCCACAUAACCACGCACACGAGCCAGAAGCCUUACAUCUGCAAAACAUGUGGAAAAAGUUACACAGAACGUUCCGGCCUGCUGGUUCACUCGAGGAUCCACACUGGCGAAAAGCCGUACCUGUGCAACACCUGCGGCAACGCCUUUACUCAAUCAUCACUUCUUAAACGCCACAUAACCACGCACACGGGCGAGAAGCCCUACAUCUGCAAAACAUGUGGAAAAAGUUACAGGCUACGUUCCACCCUGGUGGUUCACUCGAGGACCCACACCGGCGAAAAGCCGUACCUGUGCAACACCUGCGGAAAAACCUUUACUGAAUCAUCAACUCUUAAACGGCACAUAACCACGCACAUGGGCGAGAAGCUAUAUUUGUGCAAGACGUGCAACAAAGGUUUUAGCGGCAGAAUUGAUUUGCUGAGUCACAUGAAAAAUCACCCGGAGGAGAAGUCUGGUGACUCGUGACAAAUGAAGCUCAUGUUGUCGUCCUCCGGGGGCAGCUGUCCACUCCUGUCUGACCCACAGAAGAAGAACCCGCAGAAGUCCAACCACCACCUCCUGUGGCUGAUGAGCCUAAUCCCCUCCCCACAAGGGUUGCAGGUUCAACCUGGAUUUAUGCUUCUCCGUCAACUUGACCCAGAGGGAACGAUGUGUAUACUUUUUUUUUUAAAGUUCUGCAUUGAGUUUGUUUGAAUCCCUGUUCCUUCUUAAAAUAGUUAGUAUUCAUUUCAAUUCAAUUCAAUUUUAUUUAUAUAGCGUCUAAUACAACAAAAGUUGUCUCUAUACGCUUUCCAGAGACCCAUACCCAGAACAUGACCCCCGAGCAGUUAUUACAUAAACAAUGGCAGGUAAAAACUCCCCUAGUGGGAGAAAAACCUAAUAAUAAUAAUAAUAAUAAUAAUAAUACAUUUUAUUUGUAGAGCACUUUUCAUGUAUAAUCUCAAAGUGCAUUACAUAAUCAAGGGAAAGUCAGGACACAUAAAAGACGAGAAGUAAAAAAAGCGUAAAAAUAGUAAAAAACAUCUAAGAAAGACCAGGGAAAGCCUUCCUGAACAGGAAAGUUUUAAGCCCCUUUUUGAAGGUGUCCACAGACUGGGGUUGACGUAGUGUUCAGGGAGGGAGUUCCAGAUGCGUGGGGCAGCGGAGCAGAAAGCUCGGUCUCCCAUGGAGCUGAGUCGUGUGCGGGGCUGAUAGAGGAGGUUGGUCUUUUGUGAGCGGAGGUUCCGGGUGGAUGAGUGAGGGGUCAGGAGGUCUUUGAGGUAUUGAGGGGCAGUGCUGUAGAUGCAGAGGUGGGUGAUGAGGGCGAUCUUGAAUUGGAUUCUUGCGGUUAUGGGAAGCCAGUGUAGUUUCUGGAGAGUAGGGGUGAUAUGGUCGUAUUUGCAGGUUCUCAUCAGAGUUCGGGCAGCACAGUUCUGAAUGAGUUGGAGUUUCCGAAGGUGUUUGUUGGGGAUACCGAUGAGCAGGCUGUUGCAGUAGUCAAGCCUGGAGGAGAUAAGAGCGUGGACGAGUUUCCUUAAGCCAAACAGUGGCAAGAAAAAACUCCCCUUUAGGAGGGAAGAAACCUUGAGCAGGACCAGGCUCAUAAGGGGGGACUCCUGCCGAGGGCCAGACUGGGGGUCAGGGAUGGCAACAGCACAGCAGGCAGGUGGAAGCAGCAACGGGAUGACCCGGGGUGGGGACCGCAGGCCAGCAUGCAGCUCCCGAAGCUCCGGCCCAAUCAUCAAGUCCCAGGUUGGG